AUGCUGAAGUGCAACGAGGACGAUCGUGCACAAAUCUUCAACUGGUGUGCAAACAACGAAAUAUCUUGGAAAUUUAUUCCACCACGUGCACCGCAUUUCGGCGGUCUAUGGGAAGCAGCAGUGAAGGCGGCCAAGAAACACAUCAUCAGAAGUAGAAGUCUGCAAGUUGUGCCAGAGGUAGACUACAGUGAGAUACCUGAUAAUCGUCUGAAGGAAUACCAGUUGGUGCAAAAGAACGUUCGUAACAUCUGGUUCCGGUGGAUGCCUGAGUACCUUCAGCAAUUGCAAGCCUGCGCCAAGCACUGCAAGGGUGCCUCAGUGAUAUUAAAGGAAAAUAUAAAUCGAAAUGGAUUCGGGGAAUACGAAGAAAACACCAUCAAACGUGAAGAAAAACGUGCCGAGGACAACAGUGUUGCAAAUAUCGCACUUCAAGAAAAAAUAGAUCAGCUAGAGCUAGAGAAAAAGCUGCUGGUCUUACAAAAGGAAGUUUCGGAGAUGAAACUACAGAGCAAAGCAGAGAAAAACGAACCUGAUUUAAAGACGAUCGAGAGUUUGGUUCCCCCGUUCAGCGGACAAAAUGGCGUUGAUAUUGUGAUGUGGUUCGAAGAACUGGAAAGAGUUUUUGGAUUGCUCAGCGUUGACGAAAAACAGAAGCUGGUAACAACUCUUCGACUGCUUUCUGGGACAGCUCAAGAAAUUGCUCGUUCGUCGGGACUUUUCGACUACAGCUCUCUGAAACAAACGCUCAUCGACACUUUUCAACAAACAUACUCUGUUGAAAGUGUGUAUCACCAGUUACGUUGCCGCCGCCUGUCUACAUCAGAAUCGAUCAUCAAAUACUUCAUCGAUAUGAAGAGCAUUGCUAGAAAAGCAAAAAUCCCUGAAGGUGAACUGAUUGACAUCAUUAUCGAAGGAAUAGAUGAUCCGGUCAAUACUGCCGCUAUGCGUUUCGCCGCUCGUCGAAUGGAUGAUCUCCUACCUAUGCUAAAGAGAUAUGAAGAAAUACGAUCACGCCAUCCACCACCAUCUGCACCAACGGAUAAACGAUAUGUUCGCAACGCUUCGGGUAACAGCGAGCAAAUAAAGUGCUACAACUGUCUGCAGCUAGGGCAUUAUCAGAGCCAAUGUCAACGACCUCAACGUCCCUAUGGAUCGUGCCUUCGGUGUUCACAGACGGGCCAUUCACAUCGAGAAUGUCCAAGCCGUAGUAAAAUACCAGCCGCCGCUGUUAAUCCAACAAACGAGAACUCGGGCUUUUUACAACAAAUUCAAGCCAUGCAGGAGGAAGCCCCAGAAGUUUUAUAAAUGAAAAUUUGGUUCCUCCAUGCCUCUUGAAACAACCGGAAAAUUCAGGAUAUUGCGGUUUAGGUAACAGUGCGCUACUAUCGCUUGGACAAACUGAUUGUCGAAUUAAACAUCAAAAGAAUGAAAUAAUACAUGAGUUUAUUAUCUUACCGAAAAA